AUGACACGUUCAGUACCUAGGCGCCGCAAAGUGCGCCGGGCAUGCCGUUUCUGUCGAGAGCACCGAGUGCGUUGUGACGCAGUCGCUCCCUGCCAUCAAUGCGUGGUCAACAAAAUACCCUGUAGUCGUCUCAGGCGCUCCGCCAGUCCAUCUGAUCGGUCUGGUGCUGCUAUGAAUGCGUCCCCAUCCUCACUUCCUGUGACCCCGAAAACCAGUGCCGUCAAGGGAAGGGAGAAAUCCAGCGCAGGCAUAAUAUCAUGCCCCGACGACACAGACACAGCGCCGAUCAACUAUCGCUUGGAUUCAACACUUGGCUUUAUUGAUCGCAUAAACACCUUCUGCGCUGGUGUAUCGCAACUGACGACUCAGCGGUCCUCGGCGGGGAACCCUCCUUACUCAUCUCCUUUUACCCCCCAUGACACAGAUGGCACAGCUGUGGUUGAGUGUGAUUUAUCCUCUGAUCAGGUCGAUCGUGUUUUAGAGAUUUUUUGGGCACGGCUACUCCCACAAGUUCCAAUUGUUCGCCGAGAGGAUCUAGAGCACCCUCUUUCCGACCAAGAUACGCUGACCGGCUCCCAACCUCUGCGGGAUGCUGUAACAGCCUACACUAUGCAGUACAUAUUCUACUCAGGCCUCCAUUCUCGAUUACUUGGAUUGCAAUGGAAGCAGUUCAAAAGAAGCAAUCGGUGCUCAAAGAAGAUUGGCAUGCCUUAUUUCCAACGUUGUCUAACUGGCGCGAUGCAAUAUUCAACGUUUGCGAAGCCCUCACUUCCAAUCCUUCAGUGCUACUGUAUCAUGACCUUGUACUUACUAGAUGCUGGACAACAUCAGGCGGCUUAUAACAUGAUCGGGCUCGCUGUUCGUAUUGCUCGAUCAUUGGACCUUGACUGUAAUCCGCCCCCUCAAGUCUCUCGAGAGCAGGCGGAGCUCUACUCUCGUAUAUGGUGGACCUUAGUCCAUCUCGACUUUCGCUGCUCAAGGCACCUUGGGAAGCCUGUCAGUGUGCAGCUUCCUAUAUAUAGAUCUUCGCCACCAUGUUGGAUGUCGAAUGAUCCACCCCGUCCGGUACAUUUCCCAUAUCAUAAUGAAUCAAUUCGUCUCACGUGUGCAGCACUGGCUGUUAUUGAGUCAAUGGCACAUCACGAAAACACACAUCACGAAAAGGCAGGAGAAAGCCAUGACAUUGAAUUUCAGGCAAACGUUCUGACAAAGAAUUUGCGUCAUUUACGUGUGUGGAAAGAUGAAUUACGGCAAAACGCAUGGUUCAAGCAUCUUCAACUGGACGUUCAAGAUGAACCAGUGUCACGAAAGUAUUUCUGUGGUCUAGGAGAUGAUGGUGGCGAUGAGUACAAUGACUAUAUGAAAAAAGUGCCACUCCAGAUCCAAACGGAGGCUUUGCUCGAGCUCCAAUACCACGACGCAAUGAUCAGUCUGCAUAGAGUUUUUAUCCAGUUUCCUCGUCAGCCGGCGAUGAACCGAGAAAAUCCCCUUGCCGGUGCACAUGCUGCAACUGCUCUGAAACACGCCUUGGCAACGAUCCACACAGUCUACUCUUGUAUGACCAUGCACGACAUAUUCUAUGGAUCUUGCGAACUUUAUCAAUAUCAGUGGAAUGCCGUUCUGACGCUCAUGGGCUUUAUAUUGGCAUUCCCAUUCUGUCCACGCUGUCCAGAGGCACGCGGCUACGUCGACCUAGCCUUGGAGACGUUCGAGUUUGCGGGUUCCCAAAAUGACGCCGCUGUUCGUGCAGCAUGUCUCACACGCCACCUAUGUGAGAAGGUCGAUAAGUUGACUAUGAUGCUGGAUAUUGAUCUCCGGCGUGGUGUGUCCGAAAGCACAAAAGGUGUACCUCCGUCGACGAAUGAUGGUCUGACGCAACGGGUGGAUCAACCAUCUCAUGCGAUAAGCAUGGACAUGGAUGUUCGAAAUACGAACAUCGAUCAGUCCAUCUUGUCACUUCCAGAGAACCAAACAAGUAAUGAUUUAUUUUGGCCCUGGGCGGAUCUCGUUGAUCCCGAUAUCUGGCCCAGCUAUUGCGAUGGAGUCAACGAAGCCUUCAUGGACUUUUCUCAUGUACCUAUGUUCGGAGAUUCUGCAGACCCUACAUCCGAGCACUUAUAG